CCUACAUUAAAUAAAAUAACUUAGCGUGUCUAAACAAAACGCGAAAUGUAUUGUUAACUUUGGCGCCCCCAGUGGCGAUUUUAUCACCAAACUAGGUAAGGUGAAAUAUUUUAUUAAUUUUUCAUGAAGAACUGGGACGGGAGAUAUAAAUAGACUACUGCAAUUUAGCCAUUAGGUGCGCGGUCUUUAGGCCUUACACGAAAAUUUAGAGUUUCAUCGAGCGAUUGCUUAGUUGCUUCAUAUGUCGUUAUCAGGUACGAUUAAUUCUUUCCGUGGCACGUUCUUUUAGUCAGUUAUCAAUUUUUGGCCUUAAUCUUACUCGAAGCGGUAUUGACCGUUAUGGAAACGUGUAUCUAAUUUAGUACGUUGUUUAGAAGGGCUAAAAAUGUAUCAACCGAACAAGUGGGCUACGAUGGUUGCCCUUUUAGGAUAAUGAUGUUCGGUCAUCAGGAUCGUCAGGAUUACUUUUUUAGGCCGUUUAAAAUUCACUUCGAUCUAUCGUUGCAAAUAAUUAUUCAGCCUCAGCUGACAUCAUGACGGUGAGCGGAAGUCAAACUACGUCAGGAUUUCAGGAAAUUCUGCAACGCUAUCGAGGAGAUCGGAAGUUAGUGCUCGUCAUCGUGGCUGUCGCGCUACUUCUCGAUAAUAUGCUGUUGACAUCAGUUGUACCAAUUAUUCCAGAUUUUCUAUACGAACUUCACAAGCGGGAACUACUCGAAGAGAAUAAAACAUUUUUUGAGACAACCGCAUUUCCUGUUACUACGAUGACAUCAACUAUGUCUCGGGAGAACGCCACAGAUAUUCCAGGCCCAGAUCUUAUAAAUACAGUUACGCGGACCACAACCAGCGGCAUUAUCGAAAUCGGAAGUGGCUCAACUUUGGUCCCUGAUCAAGAACCUGAUCGAGCUGAAAGCCGAAGGCAGAAAGAACGGGAAGAAAAUCUUCGGCACGAGAUGCUGAAAGAUGAAAAUGUUGAGGUGGGAUUAUUAUUCGCUUCGAAGCCUGUCGUUCAAGCCUUAAUAAAUCCGCUGGUAGGCGAAGUUACUAAUCGAAUCGGGUAUACAGUUCCUAUGUUCGCCGGCUUCGUCAUUAUGUUUUUAUCUACGCUCGUGUUCGCUAUUGGAGCAUCCUAUGGUACCCUGUUUUUCGCACGAACCUUGCAAGGCGUCGGAUCGGCUUGUACCUCUGUAGCCGGCAUGGGCAUGCUCGCUGAUAAGUUUCCUGAUGAUCGCGAAAGAGGAAACGCUAUGGCCGUUGCUAUGGGCGUUGGGUUAGCUUUGGGUGUCAUGAUUGGGCCACCCUAUGGCGGUAUCAUGUACGAGUUUGUGUCACGAUCUGCCCCAUUUUUGGUCUUAGCGGCCGUUACGCUUUUUGAUGGAUUGCUUCAGUUGGCAAUCCUGCAGCCGUCCAUAUCCCAAGGAAAUAUUGAAGGGGCAUCUCUAAGUGAGCUGCUCCGUGACCCGUACAUCGUGAUCGCCGCUGGGGCGAUUACAUUUGCCAACUUAGGUAUCGCCGUACUCGAACCUUCUUUGCCCCUAUGGCUUAUGGACACUAUGCACACGCCCAAAUGGCAACAAGGUGCUGUAUUCUUGCCGGCCUCCAUUUCGUACCUCAUUGGCACGAACUUAUUUGGCCCUUUAGGCCACAAACUCGGUCGUUGGUUAUCCACCAUGGUUGGCCUCAUCAUCAUAGGACUCUCUCUGCUCUGCAUCCCGAUGGCUCGUAAUGUAAAUCAACUAAUUCUCCCAAACGCGGGCAUUGGGUUCGCCAUUGGAAUGGUGGACUCAUCGAUGAUGCCGAUGCUUGGCUACUUGGUCGAUAUUAGGCAUACGUCGGUUUAUGGAUCGGUAUACGCUAUAGGCGACGCCGCCUUUUGUGUUGGGUUUGUGCUAGGCCCACUCGUCUCUUCGACAGUCGUAAAGACCUUGGGCUUUAAGGCUUUGGUCUACCUGACGGGAAUUGUCUGCAUCUGCUAUGCACCGCUUCUAUUCGUGCUGCGCGACCCGCCUACUGCGAGAGACGAGGGACGCUCACUGGUGAUGGGUUCCACGACACUUCGUUACGACACGUACACCAACGAAGAAUCACCCAUUGAGGAAACCAAGCUCAGUAAUAUGAGCAACAAUCAAUCGAAAAUCCAGCUUCAGCCGCAACAACAGCAGUUCGUGCACUGAACAAAUAGUAACAGUCACAUAUAACGAUGCAGCGCAGUCUGUGUAUAUUGACAAAAAAAAAACCAACCAAAAAAGAAUGGAAUUCAUUCUGCUGCCGAAGCCAAUAAAUUACUAGAACUGUUAAACCAAAACCCGAUACUUCAUCAGCUACACGUAUACUACUAUUAUAUUAUAAGUACGGUCUGCGCUUAGAAGAUAACGAUCGACACGACCUGUAAGAGGAGAAACCACGUAAUGAGUGCAUCUUGCCUGCUGCUACAGGACGAAACCCAGAACAUAUAUUCGAAGACGCGAGUUGUUUCUAGGAAGUAUAUAUGAAGAACAUUUGAUUCUACUCGGCAACGAAAUAACUUGGCGACCUCUGUGGCCAACAGAUGUGACAUGGGCUAUAUAUAAGGGAAGCUGAGGCCGCCAGCAAGAAAUACCAAUAAUAAUAAUAACGUAAUGAUGAUACGUCAACUUAUCUGAGCUGAUAGAAAACAACUGCAAGGCACCACAGCAAACCAACCAAUUACGCCAUUAAAACUUCAAGAUAGUUGAUCUAAAUCAUCCCAUUAAUGCAUCAAGCUUUACCCGACGUGCUCCUUUCUGGGCUUAAGGGAGAACACAUUACAAUCGGCUUCGGAAUUCAAUUGAAAAGCAACAGGUGCUGAAAGCUGAAAUGAUGACAGCUUCCUUGUACGAUCAGCUGUAAAGUUCGACAACAGGCUUAGUAGAGAAGCUAACUGUUGCUUCUGCUGUAUUUGAUUACUUGCUUAUUAUAGAAAACGUGGACAGAUAAAAAAACUGAACAAUACUGAUGAUGAUGAUUUACUUGUUGGUAAGUAAUAUAGUCCUAUGUCAACAUGAAACAACAUAAAGAUUUAUGUUCCCUGAAACCCGAGUAUGACAUAUUGGCAGCUAAAGAAAAGCAGACGCUAUUAGAGCGGAAUGAAUGUUCUCCGCGUGCGCCGAAGACAUGAAAGUGAUCGCGUUCCGUUGGAACACCAACUUUACUUACGCAAGUAUAUAUAUAUAUAUAUAUAAGUAUAUAUAUAAAGCAACGAUGAUGAUAUAUACAUAAAUAGUAAAAAUAUGAAAAAUAUUUAGAAAAAUACACUAGAAAUGACAUUGCUAAUAAUAAUGACGAUACCGUUAUUAAUAACCAAUAGAAAUCAUUUAACUCUACUGACUGUCCUCUUACGGAGAAAAUACACUAAUUGAACAGUUUGUGUAAUUAGCCAUGGCCUUCCCGUGCCUAUCCCUCUUCUAGAAUCAAUGCGAUGUCGUUGACAGGGAUAAUUUAAUAAUAGUAACAGUGAUGACGAUGUCCGAGAGACAGACAAUGAGGUUAUACACGCUGGUUAGUAUUCGACCAAAGCAAAAGCCUUUUUGCAGGUGUAACUAAACAGGCUGGACUGGAUCGUCUUUACCUAUUUUUGUUAUAGUCCUAAUCGACAGACACCCAGAAGACGCACGGCUGGCUCAGGUCUUGUCCCGUCUGUUCUUUGCCUAGCUUGAAGAAGCGGACCUCACAAACAACUCUAUUCAAAUCGACCGUUACACAAGUGUGGCACAUUUCUUUAACAAACAUCUCUUGUUGAAAAGUACUGAUUAAUGAAGUGAGAUAACGCCACACAGCCAAGGUCAAUGGACGAUGGAUACGUAAUAUAAUGACAAAGUGCGCAAAAUGUAUAUACAUAUACUAUAAUUAUGCAUAAUAACCAUGUGGUGAUAAGAAUAAUGAUGAGGUGAAGCGACAAAGAAGUAGAUAUAGACACACUUAUUAUUCGUGAACACUGUAACCAUAUAUACAGAGUUUGCAGACCACCAACUCAUUCUUCGAAUGAAUAAUAAAUCUAACAAAGAAAAAUAACUACAUAUAAUUAGUAUUGUAUGUAUAGGAUUAUACACUAUACCAACAUUACUGAGCCUCUCCUUACGGAUUCGUGCAUAUAUAUAUAUAUAUAUAUAUAUAUACAAAACGCCAAAUUCGAAAUAUAAAUCCAUAGUGAAAUAUGUUCCGCCAUGCAUACUAAUAUUAAUAAUGUGAAUCACGAACACGAUACUGAUAAAAAUUAGCGAAUAUUGUGGCUUGCAAAAAAAAUUAACGACGACGUUGAUGAAAACUAAGA